UUGCUGUCAAUUUCAGCAUUUCCUCCUGAUCCCCAAAUGCAACAAAUUACUUUGAUUUCGCACACGCUGUCAGUGACGUUUACCGUCCCCGGAAACAGCGGCAGAGUGAGACGUCUUCGCUCCCGCCGCCUCUCUGCUCACCGCUUUAGGAAACGUGGCCUUAACGAGACUCCAGCAGCACGUCUGUAGAUGAAUGAGAAACACGCAGCCUCAGCUUCCACCUCAGUCCGUCUGUCAGUCUCUGCCACAGCUCCAGCACUGCCCCCGGUCCCCUGAAGCCCGUCUCUGAAGAACCAUGUCCGAGGAAGAACAAGUCCCGGCCUCGGCCCCGGAGGCCGCCGCCGCCGCCGUCCUGGAUGCCCUGAAUGCCACGGACUCCAACGGGACCAAGGCGCUCAACGCUACAGUGAAAUUCGUGGCCACCCCGGAGGGCACGGCGCUGGCAUACGGAAGCCUGGUGCUCAUGGCGCUGCUGCCCAUCUUCUUUGGAGCCUUGCGGUCCGUCUCCUGCUCCAAAUCUAAGGAGCUUGGAGAAAAUGAUUGCGAUUCUGGGUUCAGAAAUGCAUCAGACAUGCCGGAGACGAUCACCGGUCGAGACGCAGCCCGGUUUCCCAUCAUCGCCAGCUGCACUCUGUUUGGACUCUACCUCUUCUUCAAGGUGUUUUCUCAAGAGUACAUCAACCUGCUGCUGUCGGUCUACUUCUUCGGCCUCGGCGUCCUGGCGCUCUCUCACACCAUGAGUCCCCUGAUGUCCAGAGUCUUUCCAGAUUCCUUCCCAAACAAACAGUACCAGCUGCUCUUCACUCAGGGCUCUGGAGAGUCCAAAGAAGAAAUUGUCAACUAUGAGUUUGACACAAAGAACCUGGUGUGUCUGCUCAUCAGCAGUGUGGUGGGGGUCUGGUACCUGCUCAAAAAGCACUGGAUAGCCAAUAACCUGUUUGGCCUGGCCUUUGCCCUGAACGGAGUGGAGCUGCUCCACCUGAACAACGUCAGCACCGGCUGCAUCCUGCUGGGGGGGCUCUUCAUCUACGACGUCUUUUGGGUGUUUGGCACCAACGUCAUGGUAACAGUCGCCAAGUCCUUUGAAGCACCAAUCAAAUUGGUCUUUCCUCAGGACCUGUUGGAGAAAGGACUGGAAGCCAGUAACUUUGCCAUGCUGGGUCUGGGUGACAUCGUCAUCCCGGGUAUCUUCAUCGCCCUGCUGCUGCGCUUCGACGUCAGCCUGAAGAAGAACAGCAGGACAUAUUUCUACUCCAGUUUCCUGGCCUACAUCUUCGGACUGGGACUCACCAUCUUCGUCAUGCACACCUUCAAACACGCUCAGCCCGCCCUGCUCUACCUGGUCCCAGCCUGCAUCGGCAUCCCCGUCUUCGUAGCUCUGGUCAAAGGAGAGCUCACAGAGAUGUUCAGGUAUGAGGAGUCGCCCCCCGAGGAAGAGGCUGCUAAAGAGGACUCGUCAGAAUCGGAGAAAAAGGACCAAUAGCAUCCAUCGCUGCCCCUUUCUGUCCCCCUUCCCCCCCCCAGACACGUUUCAUCCAGCCUGCUGCCAACACAUUUCACUGAAGCCCCUCCCUUGCCCGCCUCUCCAGCUUCCUGUUUGUCACUGGGGGGAACCGGGGCUCAUGUAGCCAACGUGUUUGUCUCUGAUAACCAUGGGAACGGCCGCUGGUCUCCGUGGUAACGGCUGCUGUCGGUGCUGGUGUUUAUGAUUAAAGGUUGUUUCGUUACAACAGCUCAGACUCGGUGCCUGCCAUGAUUCCUCUCUGUCUGUGAGCUGCUCGCACACAGGAACACGGAGCCUCCAGGGGUCUAACGACACGUCUGGGGAGCACACGUGAUGAACAUGUGAACGCGGAUGCUGCUGCAGCAUCUUCACAUGUGACCUUCUUGUGUGCUUGCAGCUCUGUGGCUCAGAUAGACCAGGAAACCCUGAAUCACAGCUGUUUGAAGGUUCGCUUGAGCCUUUGAACAGCCUCAAAACUCACAUGGUGAAACGAAACGCUUCCUCCAAACAAACGGCCGUGACUCUCAUUGGUUUAAACCUGAGCUCAUACACACCGACACGCCACUCCCACUUCCUGGCACAUGGAGGACACCUGUUCAUCACCCAGAUGUGCUUCCCCGUCUCUGGGGUUUCAUCAUUUCCUGGUUUAUUCGAGCUGCUGCUCACUCUGCCUUCUGCUUUCUCACAUCAGUGUUUUCUGUUGGUUCAGUUUUGUUUUCCUUUUUCUUGUACAAGGCCAGAAUUUUAAGCUGAAAAUCACGCACUUGUCUAAACCCUGACUGUGUUUGUCCUGAAAGGCAGCACAAUGUGAGUGUUUCCAAGCACAGAAACAUAGACAAGUAAGGGUUUAAAUUGACAACAGUUUUAAACCAAAGGGACCAAAUGUUUUCUCCAAACUCAGCUCUUCUGAUUUAGUUCUGGUUCGUCUGCCUGACGAUUCAAAAGGAAGCGGCAGGUGAGCAUUUACCUGCUGGGUUACACAAAUCAGUCUUAAAGUUCUGGCCUGUGAGAGGAGUAAACGGAGGAGGAGGAGGAGGAGGAGGCACACUGAACCUUCUCUGCUGAAUACUUCCAGUCACUUCCAGUCCUCGUUCUCAGAGCGUAUUGGUGGAGAGGCUGUGAGGGGAGGGGCCCUGUGACGUCGUCAUCCAAUAAGCUGUGAGAAUCAGUUGAGAACUGAGGGGUUUUUUUUUCUUCCACCAGCAUUCUCAGACCUGAUGGUUUCAUGUUUGUUUUUAGUGAUAACAUUUUUCCCAACAGUUUAUUUUCAUCCCGUCAUUCUGGACGAGAUUCUCAUCCAUAUGAAAAUAUUUGUUCUCUGACAUGUAAGAGACAAAACUCAGCUGCCACACGGUGACUCAUUCAGUCACUGAAAGCCUGUCAGAAUCGACGGCUCGUGGCGCCAACUUUACUGCUCGACUCUAAAGCGAAUCAGCAUUUAGUUUCUCACCUCCUGCGGUGUUGGGCGACGAGUGAAACAAAAUGGUCAACACCGAAGCGGAGAAGAGAUAUUCUUACUGUCAGUGCCAAGUACGGAUCAUCUUCCAGAGACAUUUCAUUGGAAAUAGAUUUCCCAUAAUGCAACUUGAUAGGAGACAUCUUACUUUCAGAGGCUGAGUUGGGCCGCCAGUAACCCAAGCGAUCCGGAUCUGGACUUGAUAAUUUGAUGAAGUGGCUCUUUAAAGUACAUUUCUUUAAGGGGUUUUGCGUGUCGGAUUUUGCCUAAAAAUCACAAUUUAAAACUAAAACUGGCAGAUUAAUUUAGAACCAAACAUUCUGACUUUUUCUUCUCAUUUUCACUUGGAACCAGAAUUUUUACUGCUUUUUGUUUUUAUUAUAAUCUUGUUAUCUAAUGGCUUUUUGCAAAGUAGCGUUUACUUCAUUUAAACUCUGGCAGACAUUCAAACAUGUUGGCGUUUGGCUCACAGAUUGAAAUGAACCGAAAUCUUGAAAGUUUUUGGAUGCUUGAGGAAAGCUGCUCUGACUGGAUGUAUUCAGCCUCGCAUUGUUGUUCUCGAUGUUCUUGAUGUCGAUGCUUUAUUAAGAGAGUUUUGUAUUUUGAUGUAAAAAGGAGACGUUCAGUCACCCCUCAUCAUUUUGAAUAUGAUGUACCCGACAUGUUUUUCGUUCUUCUUUCUCCCGUCACAUUUGUGCAGGAGGUUGUUUUAUGGCCCUGACUGUAUCUAUUUUAUUUGCAAUAAAGUUUUUGGUGUUUUGAUCACCGUAUAGAGAAGCAUAA